AGAGGGCAAUCGCGGGCCGGGACUGAGGGAAGGCAGAUUGGAUCAGAUCGUAUGCGGAGCUGGACCGGGAGCGGAAAAGCAGCUUCUCCGAGCUGCGGCUUCUUGAGACGGCUUCUGUUGGGUCCUGCGCGGGGGACAGACGGGACGGCACGGGCUUCCUUUGUCCUGGCCGGGCCCCUGCGGAGAAGUUAGGGAAAGGCUCUUGUCCUGGAGUCCCGAUCACUCACUGGGACAGCGUCCGCGCCCCGAGCCGUCCCAGGCUGAGCCAGGGCUGACCCUGCACCCCUCUCUCUUCAGGGUCCUCCAUUUCCCCUCCCCUACCUCUUCCUCAGUCCACGCGCCCAUGACGGAUCCCCUGAUGCUUCCCCUGAGCCACGGAGUUCCGGGGCUGCAGCCUCACCGCGUGGGGGCGGGGAAUCUGCCCACUGGCCCCCAUGUAUUCCGGACCCUAUCCCCCGCUACCGACGGCUUCCCGCACCCCUAUGCCGGGCCGGGCCUAGAGAACGGCGACCUGCGCCCCCGCUCCAGCUCAGCUGUCCAGCUGGGACCCCAGCAGUCAGGACCCGGGACCCUACCGUACCCGGGUCAGCCCGGGCCCUUUCCGGGGCCCCCGCGGCCGCCGCAGCUCGCGGCCAGCCUGCAUAGGCAGAAACUCCACCCGUUCUACCAGAGCCACCCUUCGGGCUGUGCCCUGGGUCCGGGCACCCCGCAGUGCUGGCCAGGCCAGCUGGGCCCACACCUGGCGCCCCCGGCGCUGACCUUGAGCUGCGUGGACGCCGAGCUCAUCGACGAGGAGACGCUGACUUCUCUGGAGCAGGAGCUGGGGCUGGACCGGGUGCAGGAGUUGCCUGAGCUCUUCCUGGGACAGAACGAGUUCGACUGCCUCUGGGACUUUGGGGGCAAACACCAGGCCGGAGCCGUGAGCUGCUGAGGGCCCCAGGGCUCUGACCUUUUCGAGGAUUUCCCGUGCCCUCUCCCCUGGCCAAUUUUAGCAGACAGUCAGGCCUAGCCCAAUUCCAUCUCUUGACAGUUCAGGAGCCUUGCCCCUUGAUCCCUUUUGGCUAGUUUCUGGAGUAAAGCAACUGAAGCUUGGAGCGAGGGGUGGGUCAUAUUUGCGGAGGAGCCCCCGCCAGGAUCUGUGUCCCUGGGGUUCAUGAUUGGGGAGGAGACUUCUCGCCAGCCUAUCCUUAUUUUUCAGAAGGACAAGGGCACAAUCGGGAUUUGAACCCAGCUCUUCUGGCUCUAAGCUCUUUCGCAUCAUAACAGACUACUUGACUGUGGGGGCUGUUUGCUGGAGGGUGGGAGGGGAAUUACAAAUGCCUGCCUUUGUACCCUCCCCUGCUGAACCAUGUUAGGCCAAGGGUCCCUACCAGACCUUUCCUUUCUGCCUUCCAAGACUCCCACCCCCCUCCCCCUCCCCCAAACUGGCUGGAAGGACUACUUAGCAAGGUGGAUCCCUGAACUUCUGUCAGGGGCACGGGCAGGGGGUGAUUGGGUCACUGCCAUAGUUGAACUUUUCCUUCAAGCCACUGGCCCCACGCUGGGGAUAUUUGCAGGGAAUUCCCCAAACUCACGGGUGACUAUGGGUUAAGGUCACUACCCUCUCUCUCUCUGCCAUGCAAGCCAAAAUAAAUGUUUUCUUUCGGGUUUGGAGUCUGCU